UGAGUCAGUGUGACACUUGUUAGUGAGCCAUCAUGUGCGACGGGACAGUGAGUUUGAGGACUGCAGAGAGUACGUGUGUGUUUACUCUCAGAGAGCCAUGCUUUCAGAAUGGAUCCGGUUAGUUGAACUGCUUCAUUUAACUGGAGGAUACUGGGUUUUUGAACAUUGUUUGGAGAUUGUCCUUGUGGGUCAUAUCAGAAAUAUGACUUCAGAGUUAGGUCAGCUUUCAAUAACUUUUGUGAAUGAGUAAGACUUCCUCGCGUUGACAGAAUUGAAAACGGCUGAUUGGCCGAGGGCUUCCCUGCCCUGCGAAACAAUUUCCUGUUUCCUCCAAGUGGACUUUGUGUUUCAUUGUGAAAGCAUGCCGAAGGAUGCAAGUAAUCCAGGAAAAAACACAUCCUAUUGUUUCUUAGGAUCGCACACGGAUCCGUAGCCCGCGCUUCUCAACGGCAGUAGAAAGAAACGUACUGUACGGUGAAGCCGUAAGCUUCUGAUUUGGUGCCACCAUGAGUGGGGGAGUGAAUGUGAAGAGUCUUCCACGAGUCCAGCCGGGCUCCGGCAUUCCUCUGCAUAGGACCAGACUCCCCUCCCCGAAACCUGAGCCCAAGAGCACCAGUAGUGGCCUUCAGAGACCAUCCACACAUGUCCCCAUUAGCAACAAAGCUUCCUGUAGCAGCAGCCCUACAGCUGUCUCCUCCAGAGAUGUGCUGAAGGACACCACACUCAGAAACCAGCUUCUGCUACUAAGAGGCAGUCCACCUAGUCAACGUUCUUCCACAAGUCCUCAAACUCAGACCCAAGACUCUGGAUCAGUCCAUAGCAGUCCUCAAGUUCGACGGAAAGAGUCCCCACUUUCGAGGGGUGCUCUGGAUGGGUCCAAGAGUUUGCUUGACCUUCGGUCCAAUGGCAACAAGAACUUUCAGAGUGGAAUCUUUCGUUCUCCGAUGGGAAGAAUGGAAAACGAUAACAGUUUGAUCUCAGAGGAACUCAAAUGUAUUGAGGAGAGCACUUCUUCUGGAAGUAGUCACAGCAAGACAGGAAUCCCUUCAUUCAGAUUUAGUAACAAAAACGUGAGGCCUGGUCCAGCAGCCACUAAUGUAGAUAUGGGUCUCCUCAGAGUCUGUCGAGAGAGAGUGUCCCUGCAGAACAGUGCCUCUAGUAGUUUUUCAGAUGAGGAGAUGUGCACCCCAGAUGACCUCAGCCCGGAGGUCCCACAAAAACCACCACUCGAGACUACUGCAUUCCCGAAGCAGGACACCUGUGUUGAGAUGCUCAAAGCCAAACAGUCACCUAAGGUCAAUAUGGCUGCUGUGGCACCUUUCAGAUACAGACUGCAGAUUCAGGAGGACAUAUCUCUGGAUGACUUCAGUGACUGUUCCUCUGACUCAAUAGAAGUCUGCUGUGAUGAUCUCAAUACUGGAGGAAUGCUUGGGGGUAGCCCAAGAGGACAAGGAGUAGAUCUGGAGACUGAAGCUGACAAAACAUCCAAAGCCAAGACCCCUCAGGGCCAGGCAGGAGCCAACGGAGUAGGGGGCAUGGCUGCGAAAAGGGGCAAGUCAGGGCUCCCACAGGCUACACCUCGGGCUGAGCUUAAAGUAUACCAAGCAGGAAACUCUGACUGUCAUCUUCCAGUGCCUAGUAACCUGCGCAAGCAAAAGUCCUUGACCAAUCUAUGUGUGCUUACGGACGCCGAGAAGAAGAUGCACCUGUACCAGCCCAAAUGGUCAGAUGACAUGGAAAAGCCCGGGGCAGGUCAGAACAAGUCAGGAAAGCUCAAGGAUGCCGGAGGGAGUACGGGCAAGGGUAUCCCACUUACCAAGAACCUUUCCAAGUCAGAGCAUUCACUGUUUCAGGGAAAGCCAAAACCCUUUAGCCCACCUUCGAAACUGGGCAAACCAAGUCGGAUACCUAAGAGUCCUUACGCUGAGGUCAAACCCAUCAGCAAGGCUCAAGAGCUGGCAGAUGACAGCAAGUCAGAUGAUGAGAUCUUGUCCAGUAAGGCUAAAGCUAAUGGUAAGAAAACUGUAAGUGGUACCUCAGGAGCAGCCACCCCAGGUGGGGGCAGAGGGGGCAAAGAUGCACCAGAACCAGAGGAAGGGGACAAGACUUUUCUAAAAGUGGACCCUGAACUGGUUGUAACGGUACUUGGAGACCUGGAGCAGCUUCUCUUCAGUCAGAUUUUGGAUCCCGAAUCCCAGAGGAAACGUACCGUUCAGAAUGUCCUCGACCUCCGGCAGAACCUGGAAGAUACCAUGUCCAGCUUACGGGGGUCGCACAUCAGCCACAGCUGUAUUGAGAGCAGCAUGUGCUACGACAGCGAUGAGACUAACGCCCGCAGCAUCUCUAGCUUGUCCAACCGUUCCUCCCCUCUCUCCUGGCGCCACGGCCAGUCCAGCCCUCGGCUGCAGGCUGGUGACGCCCCCUCCUCCGGGGUCACCGCCCACUCGCUGCCCAUCCGAGCAUCAAUGCACAUCAGCCACCUGCAGCACACCCAGCUCAUCGAGGGCCUGGGAGCCGAGGACGAUGACCUGGCUGACCUCAAGUCUGAUUAUCUGAGCGAUGGCAUCCUGACGUGCAAGAGCCAGCCAGAAGAAGAUGAUGACGACGAUGAUGACAUAGUUGUAGACGUCGAUGAUGAUGACCUGGCCAAUAGUUGGGAUGAAAGCAGCUCCAUCAGCAGUGGUUUGAGUGAUGGUUCAGACAACCUCAGCGCAGAUGAGUUCAACGCAGGCUCCGCCCUCAACUCCCUGCCAACAACUCCCAUUGGCUCUCGACGAAACUCUGCCAUUGUGCUUCGCACUGAUGCUGAGAAGCGCUCGCUGGUUGAAAGUGGCCUUUCCUGGUACAGCGAGGAGGGGAAGGCUCAGUGUCGGAACGAGGGAGGAUAUGACACGGGCAGCCUUAAGGCGGAGUCGUCCAGCAGGUGGAAGAAAGGCAGAUGUCAAGAUGACACUGGAGUCAAGGGUGAGCUGAGGAAACCGCAGACGCUUGGCCACCCAGCCAGCAGACUGAAGAAGAGCCGUAACCCUCCUGUAGGCGUGACCUCCCCCAUCACGCACACCUCACAGAGCAUGCUCAAAGUGCCAGGAGUUCCAAAGAACGAUCAGCGAGUCAUGGACAAAGCUAAAAUGGCAGUGAAAUCAUCAGGCUUACAGCGUUCCAGUUCGGAUGCAGGGAAAGAUCAUGGCGAGAACCGAAAACCUCCCUCCGGUAUUGUCCGUCCCUCCGCUGGCACGGUUAAUUCCUUCGGUUACAAGAAAUCUGGCACUGCCACUAUACUAACAAAUAGUGAAAACACAGUCUCUGAAAACUCUGCAAUUAAAAACAAUACUCCUAAAACCUCUGGUAUCCCAGUGAAACCCUCUGCCGGUGGGGUAGGUGGAGGACGAAAGAUCAGUCUUGAUGUGUCGAACUGUGAUCAAAGUUUCAUGGCUCCGAAUGCACGCAACAACAUCCAGUAUCGUAGUCUCCCAAGACCUGCUAAGUCCAGCACCUUGAGUCUGAUGGGAGGACGGCCGGGUGCUCGUCCCGUCAGCAGCAACAUGGAUGUUGGCCUAAAAACAGUGCCCGCCCCAUCUAGACUGAAGGAACCAGGCAGUGUAAAGAGCUCCCAUCGGGCCAGUACAGGAGGGCUCACUCCAGUCAACCAGACGGACCGGGAGAAGGAGAAAGCCAAAGCCAAGGCAGUGGUGUCUGAUUCUGAGUGUGGCGGAGGCGGCCAAAGAAACGGCGCAUUGACACCAACACAGAGCACACUGGAGCCUCCUUCCAAACUACUGGGACUUCGACAGCCAUCCAGCCUGGGCAAAUAUUCAGAGCUGCCCUCUCCCAACUCUCAGAGGCCCUCCAGUGCCAGAUCUCUGCCCAAACCUGCUCCCCUGGACAAGGUCAACUCCAACAGUCUGGAUUGUGGGAUAGUCAGCGUGGAGGACCAGCUUCCUCCCAAAGUCCCGCCCUUUUCCAAAUUACAAGAACUAUCAGGAAUAAGCAGCACAAGCUGUCUGACGCCCAGUCCGGCUCCCAUCCUCAACGUCAACUCCUCUGAGUGUUUCUCCAGCGCCACGGUGGGUCGAGGGGUCAGCGCUGGCGGCUCUCCCUCGCUCUACCCCAGACUCUCAGGGCUGCACCGUAGCAUGGAGUCCUUGUCUCUGCAGAUGAGCGUGUCUCCAGCAGGGGGGAGCAUGACGGAGCCCAGGCCCAGACAUGAGGACAGAGGGAAGGAUGGUGGCUGGUCGACAGGAAGCAGAGCCUCACUCAAGCUCACGACAGACAGCUCACAAAGGGACAGAAAUACUCUCCCAAAGAAAGGCUUGAGCCAGCACAGCUCCUCGCAGGCUGAGGAGGACAGUAAAGAGAGACGUCACUCACACACUAUAGUGAGUCUGACUGAGACCAGCAGCCCGCCACAGUUCCCUUCACCCAUACUGACAGGAAAGACAUCACUGACCAGCAUCAUAGCACCCAGCCCCACCUCAGGAACGCCAAGAAUGACCAGAUCCAACAGCAUCCCCGCUCACGAGGCCAGUUUUGAGCUGUACCAGGGCUCUCCUCUGGGCAGCACCCUAUCGCUCGCCGAGCGACCCAAGAGCAUGAUCCGAUCCGGCUCCUUCAGAGACAGAGAAGCCAGCGAUGACGUUCAUGGCUCAGUGCUCUCACUGGUGUCUAAUGCCUCCUCCAGCUACUCCUCAGCGGAGGAGAGAAUACAGGGCGAGCAAAUCCGUAAGCUGAGGAGGGAGCUGGAGUCUUCACAGGAGAAGGUGGCCAAUCUGACCUCACAGCUGUCUGCUAAUGCUAACCUGGUGGCAGCGUUUGAGCAGAGUCUGACCCUCAUGACCUCUCGACUCCAGACCCUCUCCGUCAGCGCUGAGCAGAAGGACAGUGAAUUACUGGACCUUAGAGAAACAAUCGAGAACCUUAAGACCAAGAACAUGGAGGCGCAGGUCGUCAUCCAAGUGGCACUCAAUAACCCAGAUGUGGCCCCCAAAGAGUUGCAAAUCAGGAGGCAGAACUCAUCCGAGAGCAUCUCUAGUCUGAACAGCAUUACCAGCCACUCCAGUGUGGGCAGCUUGAAAGACGACGCCAAGAAGAAGAAGAAGAAGAGCUGGUUACGAAGUUCUUUUGGCAAGGCGUUCAGCAUUAAGAAGGGCGCUAAAGAUGGCUCCAUGUACUCUGAUAUUGAAGAGAUCGCCACUCCAGACUCUUCUGCACCCAACUCACCAAAACUGGGUCAUGAAGAGGGAGAGAACCCGCCCACUUCCCUCCCAUCCGGCCAAUCAGCCACCUCCUCUGUGAUCCCUGAAAGUAACGAGGAAAACGAGGGCGAUGAGAAGAUGGUGUCAGAGCUGCGGUCUGAGCUGUGGGAGAAAGAGAUGAAACUGACGGACAUCCGGCUAGAAGCGCUGAGCUCAGCACAUCAGCUGGAGCAGCUACGAGAAUCCAUGAACAACAUGCAGAGGAUGGUGGAGAGUCUGAAGGCAGAGAACGAUCAGCUGAAAACAGGAAGUGCUCCCUCAUCCCUUGUGCUCCCUUGCGGCCCACCUUCUACUUCCACCUCCCAGCCGUCUGGUCUGGCCAGCCUCCUGAACUCCAACCAAACCAAACCACCCAUGAGCCUCACCAAGUCCUUCAGCCUCAGCCUCAAUGAGUGCUCCAACACUGACGUUGCUCCUAUGGAGUUCCUGAGCCUGUCAUCUCAGAGGGACGAGGCCUUAACACGUGUGGUGGUCCGUAUAGCUGACCAGCAAGUGUCCAUGGAGGAGAGGCAACAGGAUUUCUACAUUGGCUCUGUUAGGAUUCAUGGGAAAACUGAGUGGUCUGUGUUGGACACGGACAUCUCCACAGCUUUCGUGGAUUAUAUUUCGCAGGUGGAUCCCAGUGCGAGUAUGGGACUGUCCGUCGACUCUAUCCACAGUUAUAGUAUUAAUCAGAGCAGGAGAGUGCUUGGUGCCGAAGCCCCAGAAAGUUCACCCUGUGACUGUUUAAAAAAGGGUCCUGGACUCAUCACUGUCACCCUUAAAGGUUUUAAGGAGAAGUGUGUGGACAGUCUGGUAUUUGAGACUCUAGUCCCCAAGCCCAUGAUGCAACACUACAUCAGUCUGCUUCUGAAGCACCGGCGGCUGGUCCUGUCGGGCCCCAGCGGCACGGGGAAGACCUACCUCACCACCCGACUGGCUGAGUACCUGCUGGAGAGGAGCGGCCGUGACCCCGGCCCUGGCCUUAUCACCACCUUCAACCUGCACCAACAGACCUGCAAGGACCUCCAGCUGUACCUGUCUAAUCUGGCCAAUCAGAUUGACCGCGACUGUGGCGCUGAGGACAUUCCAUUGGUCAUUAUCUUGGAUGAUAUCAGUGACGCGUCUUCCAUCACUGACCUGGUCAAUAGUGCACUGACCUGCAAAUAUCACAAAUGUCCAUAUGUCAUUGGAACCACCAAUCAGUCUGUUAAGAUGUCAUCCAAUCAUGGCCUGCAUCUCAGCUUCAGGAUGGUCACCUUCUCCAACAACGUGGAGCCUGCAAAUGGUUUCCUAGUGCGUUACCUGCACAGGAAGUUGAUCGAGGCGGAGGAUGAAAGCACAGUUCACAGUGUUGAGGUGCUGAGGGUUCUGGACUGGGUGCCUAAACUCUGGUAUCAUCUCCAUACCUUCCUGGAGAAACACUGCACCUCAGACUUCCUCAUAGGUCCAUGCUUCUUCCUGUCUUGUCCAGUAACGUUAGCAGAGUUUCGCUCCUGGUUUAUCGACCUCUGGAACCAGUCCAUUAUUCCUUACCUUCAGGAGGGAGCUAAGGAUGGUGUGAAGGUCCAUGGUCAGAAAGCAGCAUGGGAGGAUCCAGUGGAGUGGGUGAGGGAUACACUGCCCUGGCCUUCAGCUCAACAAGACCAGGCCAAACUCUUUCACCUCCCUCCGCCAACCACCGGCCCCAACACUGCUCCAACACAGCAGCCCACAGACGACAGGGUCACGUCCAACAAGGACACGUCUCUGCCCACCAUGGAGUCUGAUCCACUGAUGGCGAUUCUGUUGAAACUCCAGGAAUCUGCCAACUACAUCGAAUCACCCGAACGGGACAUUUCUGGCAACCCCACUUUCUAGGCUGAGCUCAAAGGCUUAAGAGCUUACUAAUGGCUAGGGCUGUAACAAAACACUGUUCUGUACAGCUAAAAUACACCUCCUGUCUCCUUCGAAAGGCUUGUGAGAGUCGAGAAGAGAAACUGUCAAGAACAUCCAUGUCUAGAAGUCUGAAAGAAACACUAAAGAACUGAUCCUGCCAGAUCUGAGCGAGAAUCUUUUUUGCACUGUUGUCUUAACCGGUCCUUCCUUUGUUUAUCUAACCUGCAAGUUGCAUGGUAAUACUUGCAACUGGGGAUUGUAAAGAUUGGAUGAUUGUGAAGAUGAAUUUUUUUGUCUAUCAUACUGGGAACAUAAUUUGCUACACAUUUGUUUGAUAUUACUUUUGUUUUGGGUAAUAUCUGACCAUAUGGACCAAUAAUCUAUUUAUUAUUGUUUGCAAAAGUUCCGACACUCCAUCCUCAAGAUCAAGUUGCCUGAACCCUGUACACAAGGUGCGGUUACAUUUUGACCAACUCACAUGGAUGCAAAACGUACCGAACAAGAUGGUGCUCAGAAUUCAGCCUUAAACGAUGUCCCUCCAUAUAUCAUGAAGUCAGUCCCAUAGCAAUCUGAGUAUUACUCUAUUUUACCUCACAGUUUGCAUAGUGAUGCAGUUUUAAGGUGCAGUACAUACCCAUAACCUGGUUGCAUUCAUUCCUAUCAAACACACAGCCUUCAGACAGAUGUAGACUGUAGAUCUCUGAUAGGAUGCACUUGGAUUCUUAGCUUUCAAUCGAGACCACUGACUGGUUGUUCAAGAUUCGUAGGUUGUUCGCUCCAAUGGUGAGUUGCAGCACCAAAACAACCAAAAGUCAUUUGUUUUCAAUGAGAGUUUGAGGCGACAUGAGCGAUAGAGACUGUCGGGGAUUGACAUAGUUCAGUUAUAUGCAAAUGUCUACCAAUGGAAGAACAGAAAAUGAAGCUCAUGUGAUCUGCUGCCUGAUAUUGUUGGUCUCAAUUAAGGUGGCACUUGGAGAUGCAGCAAAGCUCAGCAUGACUGCAGUAGGGCUCAUGUGAUGCACCGUCUGAUACAGUCAGAGGGCGACCUAUUGUCAGUAAUAACAGAGGUGCUGUUACCGGUGCAAGAAAACAGUAUGCAACAUGUUACUUUCAGUACUUAUUCAUGUGCGUCCAGUGCAUUUGAUCUUAUCGAGAUAAUCAAAAGCUUUGUUCUCAAUGACAAGCCAAAUCCUCUUGGCUUUGUGCUGUAGCAUUACUGUAGCAGUUAAUGAAGGCCCUGUUUCCACCUGGUAUUAACGUGCAUUUCAAAUGCAUCUAAUGCAACCUUUGUGAUUGGAUUUUGUUGAGUAAUUCCCCUUUUAUUUAGGGAUACUCAACAUCUCUGUUGUGUUAGCUGAGGUUGGGUGGCAUCUAAGCAUCCAGGACAAAUAGGAAUUUACAUUGUAAACGUGAUGUGGUCACAUGCAUUUUUGACUACCUCCAUUUGUGAGUUUAGUGAUUUGGUCACAGUUUUAGACCCUGUUUACACCUGUAUAUAGUACUGGACACUUGUGAUCGGAUCACCAAAAAGAUGUUAAAACAAGGUGGAAACAGAGCUGUAAAUAUACUGGAUAUUGACUCCACUGGCUGAACAAAUGAAGCCAAUUUGAGCUCCGGUUUGAAAACAGAUCAGGAUUGUUUGCAGUGUGAACAAAGCCAAAAUGGUUUAAACAAUUUAUGUCUGAAGGAGGUUUAGUCAUUUGUUUUUGGCCUUUAUUAAGUCUAGAGGUUCAAAGCAAAAUCACAUCAGUGUUAGCUUACAGUUUUACACGCACUUAUGUCCUUUGAUAUUCUGUAACAAUGUAGCCAGUUUUGGAAUUAACAUUGUUUAUGUUUAUGUUUAUGGACAUUUUAAGUCACACGAUGACCCCGUAUCAGGGUCAAACUCUCCAAUCAUUCCAAUAACAAUUGUAAUACUGACAGAAUAUCUUAAUUCACAUUAAAACAUAGCAAUGGUGGAAUGUAACUCAUGAAUGCAUUGGCUAUUGGCUGAUUACAGGUGCUCCAGAACUGUAUGUGCAUGAAAGCUUUAACUCUGAGGAAAGAUAUAGCUAAAAAUGCACCUUAUCAUGAGACGCCAAAGGGUGUGUUGGCAACCAGUCUACAAGGGCAAAGUGAUCUUUUACCUAAAUUACCAAACUGAAACUCAAUUUCUCAUGUACUAACCUGUUAGUACUAGCACUAUAGCAAUGUCAGAUGAAACUGUGCCGUUGUAGUCUCAGAAUGUAAAUUGGAUCAAAACUUAAGUUUGCCAACACACCUAGUGCUCUUGAUGAUGCUUGCCGACUCUUGUGCUUGUGUUUACGUGUCCUGUUAAUGUCAGAUAUAGCUUUCCAAAUGAAUAACCAGAGGAGCAUUUUUUUAAGGUCUUUUUUUUUUUUUUUUUGUACGUGCUUGUUUGUUUUUACUAAAGGAUCCAAGUCUGACAUUUGUAAAUAGAUUUUCAAUAAAAAUUGCCUAAAAAAUACAAACGAAAAAGGUCUAUGGUAGAAUAAACAGAGCAAGGUUAAAAUAUCACAACUAUAAACUGAAUGUGUCUGGUUAGAUAUACAUUACAGCGAAGAUCGCGGUCAUCUCUCAGUUAUAGCCUUUCCUGUAGAGGCAAGUUAACUGCCACAAAGUAACUAGAUCAUGUUACCUAAGUACAUUUUUCACUAUAAAAGUGUCCUCUGUAUUCUCUUCCGGAUCGUACAAGGUAUUGAAUGGCUUUAACGACCGAGUUGGCCAUAACAACCCAUAAGAAAACAGUAAAAAGAAGUGCUUCAAAUUACACAAGUACCUCAAAAUCUGUCUUAAAAUCGUAUGAUCAUAAACUUAACCUUAACCGCUUAAGGAUAGUUUAGGGGGUUUGGGGAAGAUUCCCCAGUGGUUGUCAUGAAAAUGUGCCUAAUAUAAGCCAACUCGUUGGACAUUGCAAUACCUAAACUAUUAUGUUUUGCAAGGGAUUGUUUGCUGGAGGAUAAGAAUGCGAGCGAACGUGUUAUCCUUUUAUAUGCUAGCUUAUGAAAUAACAUUGAGACUUGAGCUCGCCGAUAGUCUCGUUUCCAUAUGUCCUGGAAAACAAGGCUGCUUUGCCAGCUAGCACAAACUAAAGCCAUUUCCCACCAUCUCUUGUUCAUCUUGCAUUUGAACCGAGAUUGAACCAGUUUGGAGAACCUAAAAUGGAGUGUUUAUAUCUUGAUUAAUUUAUUAUUUUUUACUGUUUUACAACUAGCAAUGCUGAAUGUUCAAGCUGGCACAAUAAUAAUACAAAACAUGUGCUUUGUAAACUCUAUUUGUUCCACUUGUUUAAGAUUAAACAGGUUCAAUAUUGUUUAGUCAAAAAACAGAUUCAUGAUUUGUCACUAUGCAGCGUUGGAAAAACAUUGUCGAGCUGAGUUGUUAGUACCAAUGACAGAAAACAUUGGUAUGUGAUAAGCUAAUGUCCAGGUUUGAUGGUGUUUUAAUGUUGAUGUGUAUCACCAUUGUUUGUCUGGAAAAACACAUUACGACCUACCUGUCCCAUUGGGAUUUCAAACAAAACUAUGUUUUUCUUUUGGUUCUUCUUUCUUUCUUUUUUUUUUUUUUUUUUGCUUUCUCUUUAAAAAAAAUCUUUCUAUUUUGUAUAGAACAUUGCAAUUGUAAACAUUGUAAAUAGUAUACUCAUCUGCGACCACAAUCACAGUAAAAUAUGAGAAGAUCCGGCCCUCAGAUGAGACACCUUUUGUUGUUGGUUUUUAUUAUUAUUAUUAUGCAAACUGUCUGCUGGAAAGGGGUUAUAGAAGGCAUGUGCUGAUCUGAGAGAAUUUCUUCCAUCAAAUAUUCACUCACGUUUUCAAUAAAUUCAUGUCAUCCCUA